CUCGCCACGAACACUGUCGUUUCUCAAUGGCUUCUGAACCUCUCCUCGCAUUCAAAGCCGGGCGCUAUGAGCGUCGUCCAGGAACAAACUCUCUCGAUGCAGUCCCUACUAAAGGUGCUAUCUAUAUGUUUAACGAAGAUGGUCUUUUGCACUUCCAAUGGAGGAAUAGAGAAACGAAUCAAAUAAACGAGGAUUUGAUUUUAUUCUCUCAAGACGCGUCAUUCUCGAAGGUACCCGAAGCCCCUGGUGGGAGGACGUAUGUUCUCAGGUUCAUGUCCUCAAAUCAGAAGCACUUCUUCUGGCUCCAGGAUGCUUCUCCCGCUCGCGACGAAGAGUUUGUCAAUAACGUGAAUGCACUUCUGGAGGAUCCGGAGCGACCCUUGACAUGGAAUACCGCGUCUUCCUCAAGUUCGUCAGCUCCCCAGGCUUCGACUUCUCGACAAGGAGCCGCAUCAUCGUCCAUGCCUCCGCUCGAUCCCACGCAACUUGCACAUCUUCGGCAGCUGGUCACUAGUAUGACAUCGGAACCUCCUCCCACCCAGCCGACUGUAUCUCUCCAAGAUGUUCUCACCGUGGAAACCCUUGGACCGCUGUUUACGAACCAUCCAGAUUUGAUUCCCUCGCUCUUCCCUCAUCUUCCAGCAGAUCUACCUAUGCCUCCGUCGGCAGAAGUGUUACAACAAAUUAUUGCAAGUCCUCAGUUCCAGGUGGCUGUGAGGAAUUUUGAUCAGGCUCUCCAUACUGGUCUCCUCGGCGGGCUCGUUCGACAACUUGGGCUUCCUGAAGAGGCUGGGACUGGCGUUGAGGCGUUCUUGCGAGCCGUGCAAGAGCAAGCGCGCCAGGGGGGUGAUAAUAGUAGCGGAUCUGAUUCUAACACACACGAUCAGAUGGAGACAGAUUAGACACAGUCGUUAUAUUGAUGUACUUAGUUCUC